AUGUCUCCGGAGGUUACUAACUACUGCAAUCAGGCUGUCCUUGCUGCGGACUGUGGAUUUGGCUUCAAGAUACCACCUUGGGACGAACUGUGGCGCUAUGGCGGGGAGUACCGCGCCGUGGCCAACAACUCGCACGGGUUUGCUGACUGUCGCACCUUCGUCCUGUUGGACACGGAACUGCGUCUCCGACCGGUGGACUCCAGCAAACCCGCCAUCGCCGGACGCUCCCAUGACCUCAAGUGUUACUUCAUAGGCAGUGGUAUUCCCAAGUUACAAUGGCUACGGAUCAAGAAGGACCAGCGGGUGGAGCGUGUUCCCGUGGAUCAUCGGCACCAACUGUUGGAAAACAAUCGUGUCCUCCGUAUCACCGAGGUGAAUAAGGAACAGGAUGAAGCCGACUAUCGCUGUAUCGCCACCCUCAUGGACAUGACUGACAACAUCACAAUCAGUCUCAAGGUCUCCCGAGCCCCACGGAUUCAAGAUCUGCCCGAAGUCCAGAGGGUUCAGGGUGGACGCCAAAGUCUGACCUACAGUUGCGCUGUCCAAAACUACGCUGAUAAACCCUGGUAUGCUUGGUGGCAGUUCCAGCCUGAAGGCACCAACGAAUACGCCGCUGACACUCACCAGACGAAACGCUGGGUUCUGCCUGACCCUCUAAAAGGCCAAGUCCCCAGCUUUGUCGAGGACAAACCCAACUCCGUAGUUCACGUACUGAUUGAGCCGUUGGAUAAACAGGAGCAUCAGGGUACCCUCACCUGCAAGAUCAUGAAUUCAGUCGGCUUCGAAGAGCGCUCCAUCCGGGUCACUUUCAUU